AAUUACAUUCUAUUCUCCUCUCGACUCUUCGUCCUAUCCAUCUAUCCGCACAAACUUCAGACUUGCUAGUUUCUUCAUUUGGAAGACAGCAUCCCCGUCAUUCUCUUCUCCUCUCUCUAAUCUUCUAUUUAACACUUUGGAAAUUAACUACGUUUGUUCAAAGACUUGUCCUUUUCUCUUAAUCCCUUUUUCCCAUUUUAAGGAGCCAACACACAAACUCUUCUUAAUGUAUAACACUUGUCUUAAAAUACCAGACAUGUUUCAAACUUCUGGUCCUAAUCAUGACUUCUUUGCUCACCGAUGUGUAUGGGUGAACGGACCUGUCAUCGUUGGGGCUGGCCCUUCAGGUCUAGCUGUUGGUGCUGGCCUUAAGAGACAAGGGGUGCCAUUCGUUAUACUCGAAAGAGCAAACUGCAUUGCCUCUCUUUGGCAAAACCGCACCUAUGAUCGCCUCAAGCUUCACCUCCCUAAGCAAUUCUGUCAACUACCGGACUUCCCAUUUCCAGAGGAGUUCCCAGAAUAUCCCACCAAGUAUCAGUUUAUUAGCUAUCUUGCAUCUUAUGCUAAGCAUUUCGAUAUAAAUCCACAUUUCAAUGAGAUUGUGCAGUCUGCGAAGUAUGAUGAGACCUUUGGUUUGUGGCGAGUUAAAACCAUUUCAACAAGCAGUUCAGAUAUUCCUAUUGAAGUCGAAUACAUUUGCAAAUGGCUUGUGGUGGCCACUGGAGAGAAUGCAGAGAAAGUUCUGCCAGAGUUUGAAGGCUUGCAGGACUUUGGUGGCCAUGUUAUGCAUGCUUGCGACUACAAAUCCGGUGAAAGUUAUCAUGGAAAGCGUGUGCUUGUUGUUGGCUGUGGCAAUUCAGGCAUGGAGGUCUCUCUUGAUCUAUCCAACCAUAACGCAUGCCCAUCAAUGGUUGUUCGCAGCUCGGUUCAUGUCUUGCCUAGGGAAGUUCUUGGGAGAUCAACAUUUGAGUUGGCAGUAACAAUGAUGAAAUGGCUGCCACUUUGGAUGGUCGACAAGGUAUUAUUACUUCUUUCCAGGCUAAUCCUCGGAAAUGUUGAAAAAUAUGGUCUGAAAAGGCCAUGUUUAGGACCUUUACAGCUCAAGAAUACUCAUGGAAAAACCCCAGUAUUGGACAUUGGUGCACUAGAAAAAAUAAGAUCUGGUAAGAUCAAGGUUGUCCCUGGAAUCAAGAGAUUCUCUAGUGGCAAAGUGGAGCUUGUCAACAGUGAAAUUCUUGAGAUCGAUUCUGUAAUUCUGGCAACUGGGUAUCGCAGCAAUGUACCUUCAUGGCUAAAGGAGAAUGAAUUCUUUGCUGAAGAUGGGAUUCCUAAAAAUCCAUUCCCUAAUGGAUGGAAAGGCAAUGCUGGGCUUUAUGCAGUUGGGUUCACAAGGAGGGGUCUAUCUGGGGCGUCUCUAGAUGCUAUGAGCGUAGCACUUGACAUUGCCAAAAUCUGGAAAGAAGAAACCAAGCAAAAAAAGAAAACUGUGGCAGCUCGUCAUAGGAGAUGCAUUUCGCAUUUCUGAAGCCGCUUUUUUUUUUUUUUGUCUCUUCAUUUCUUUUGUUCAGGGACAGAGAUAAAAAAGAAAAAGAAAUGAGAUCAGUUUGUGUAGAAAAUAAUGUAGAGCACAAGAACCGUAGCCCUCUCCUCAAGAAAACCCAAGAUUUGCAAAUAAUUGGGGUUUUUUUUUUUUUGUACAAAGGAAGAUGAGGCUUAUUGGUGUAAUAAUUUUUUUCCUGGUUCAAAGGAAUUUUGUAUCACACUUUUUUAA